AUGACAACCCUCAAUGCGAUCAAUACUGACGUGCUAUCUCUCCCCUCACUAGCUUCCACCCAACAACCUCCCCAAGUGAACCUCCCACAUGUGGAAACCUUUUUGAACAUGCACCAAUUCAACGGCUUAUUCGAAGACGGUUCCCCGGCCGCCGACGGCCUCAGAGGUCGGUCAACCAUGUCCAUGGCGUCAGCUACAUUCCGCCGCGCAUUGCUUACCCGUCCCCGGUUCAUCUCUACAGAUUCCCACGGCUCCCCUACACAACCCCAACCUCAAUUACAACCACAACCACAAUCGCAAUCACAACCACAACCACAACCACAACCCCCCAACCCCUCCUCCGUCAGUCCGACCUCCCCAGCCGAUGAAACACCCACAGAAUGGUCCGCAGUCGGCCACGCUGCGACAGGCAAAUCAGGCCGCGUAAUCCACAACCUCCAAGAAGAAAUCGCCCGACUCCGCCGCGAAUGCAGCGUCUACCGCUCCCGCGCCGAAGAAACCCAACGCUCAAACGAAACGCUAAAAACCCAAACACAGAACAUGUCCGAGCGCCUCCGCAACCUAGAACAAGUCAACGAGACAAACCUAAACUCAAUCGCGCGCAAAGACCGCAAAAUAGACGACCUCCGGCUAGAAAUCCAGCACGAGCGCGAAAAGCGCAAGGGCGCUGAAGCAGACGCCAGUAAAACAAACGACAUGAUGCGCGAUGAGCGCGAAAAUCACAACCGGGAACAGGCCGAGGCGCUGGAAUUGGCGAAAUAUCACCAGACGCAGUAUGAGGUCCUUGCCAGCGCGACGAAGCGCGAGAAGGCGGAUCUGGGGAGGAGGGUGAAGGGGUUGUUUGAUGAGUUGGGGGCUCUUAAGGGGGCGCAUGAGAGGCAUGUUCUUUCUUCGGAUCAUUUGGAGGUCAUUGCGGAACAAAAGAAUCGUGAGAUCGAGGCGUUGAAGGAGGUGCAUGAGAAAUUACUGGAUAGUCAUGUGCAGUACAAGAAGCUUAAGGAUGACGAGCUUCGGGAUACGCUUGAGCAGGGUCGUGCAUAUAAUGCCCAGCUUGACACGAUGGUAACUUCGAUGAAGGAGACGCAGGGGAAGAUGAAAUGGGUCAUGCGACUGCAAGAGACGCGAGAUCAGGAGAGGGAGAGGAGGAAAGGGAAAGAGGAGGGGAAUUAG